AUGCGUCUCAGUGAGCCAAGAUCUACUACUCACCUGGAGCAGAAGAACCACGCAAAGUCUGUCCAAGCACCGGUUGCCUUGGUAGCCGUUACAGCUCCUGACGCCGAGCUACCCUGGUUACUCGACCCGACACGAUUCUCGAGUCUCAAUCGUCUUCUCCGACAGCGCGCUUGGGUGACGCGCUUCGUGCAGAAUUGCCGCGUGCCAACUGAGCUGCGACACACCGGUCCGCUAUCUGUAGACGAGCUCGAGAGCAGCAAAAUCAGUAUCAUUGCUGGUGCGCAGGAAGAGGCGCUGGCAGAGGAAUAUCGUCUUGUGAAAGAAGGCAAGGCCAUCCCCACCUCGAGCAAACUCGUUAAGCUGCGACCUAUGUUGAAUGAUGAUCAACUGCUAUGCGUUGACAGUCGACUGCGAAACGCGCAGAUACUCGAGCAGCCAGCCAGAUGCCCGGUCAUCCUGCCACGCGGGCACUGGGUCACUCAGCUAAUUGUGAAGGAAGCCCAUGAGCAGAGCCAUCAUGCUGGCGGAGUAAGUCACACGUUGGCUCUCUUGUCGCAGACGUAUUGGCUGCUUGCUGGACGAGAGGAGAUCAAAGCGUGGAAAAAGAAGUGUGCCCAUUGCCAACGACAAUCAGCGAAGCCAGGAAUGCAGAUCAUGGCACCGCUACCGACCGUCCGUGUGUCUCUGCCCAUGAGAACGUUCUCCCGAGUAGCAGUGGACUACGCUGGACCCUUCACCACCAAACAAGGUCGCGGAAAGCCGCGCGCGAAGAGGUACCUGUGCUUAUUUACGUGUAUGCAGUCUCGCGCGGUGCACUUGGAGAUGGCCGUUAGUCUUGACGUGGAUGGAUUCAUGAACGCCUUCAUGCGGAUGACGAGCAGGCGCGGUGUUCCACUACAGGUUGUGUCCGACAAUGGCACCAACUUCGUAGGCGCUGCCAAUGAACUGCGGAGGUUAGUGGCCGCGAUGAAUGAAGGCGUGGACCGACGAUUAGCGGACAAGGGAAUUCGGUGGUCGUUCAAUCCCCCCGCUGCUCCUCACUUCGGUGGCGUCCAUGAGGCGCUCGUCAAGUCAGCAAAGCGCGCCAUCUAUGCAAUCCUGUCGGGCGCGGAAGUCAAUGACGAGGAACUCCUGACCGCAGUGACUGGCGCAGAGGCACUACUGAAUUCAAGGCCACUAACGUACCAGGCGGCCGACGCGAGAGAUCUGCUGCCACUGACGCCCAACCAUUUCCUGUAUGGACACCAAGGCGAGCCAUUUGUUCCCAGAGGAACGGACACCGUGGAGCAAGGCCAUCGACAGCGCUGGCGGGUCAUCCAGAGUCUGGUGUUGCAGGUGUGGAAGCGCUGGAUGACCGAAAUGCUCCCCCUGCUUCACCCGCGAGCAAAAUGGCGCCAGCCGCAGCCCGAUCUCGGUAUCGAUGAUGUUGUGCUGAUCGUCGACGCUGCUGCACCACGAGGCCAAUGGAGGCUCGGCCGGGUAGAGCAGCUGUUCCCCGGAGUCGAUGGGCGGGUCAGAGUGGUGCGAGUGAAGGUCGGUGACACUUCACUCGUCCGCCCCAUCGCACAGCUGUGCAAGAUUGCCAAGGAUUGA